UUUCUCAUCCUUCCCGAGUAGAGUUUAUUUUAAAAUGUAGUGACAGAUCAGCGUUGUAUUUUAAGAUCACCCACGGCAGGCGAACACAUGGUGCGGGAAGAUAUUGUACGUAAGGAACUAACACGAGAGGGAGAAAGAGAGGAAAAAUAAAAUCCGAAAUAAAUCUUUGGGAGCGGAGCGCUGCUGUCAUUGCUCCGAAGUGCUCGCGUGGGUUUCUCCUAGCGGAUAACCCCGAGAGACGCGGGAUGGAGAAAGGCGAAGGGAGUUUAGUGGUGCCUGUGGGUUCUGAGCUAAGUUUGAAGUGGGUGAGUGCUUUGAAGUUGGCCGGGGACGGCUGCGGGGAGCACACAAAGCUGCGGGAGCGGCGGCGGCCGUGCUGCGCUCGGCCACGGCGCGGCGCUGUCCCGAGGAGCCGCCGCGCUGCUCCGCCGCCGCCGCCUUAUCUCUCCCAGCAGAGCCUUCGGAUAAAGUUAUACCGAAAACUUUAAAAUCGAUAUCGCGCCCUAAUUCGUAAUACACAAGGAGGGGAGAAGAAGGCAGUCCAUCAUCAGAGAGCUCUGUUUACACCCGGGGAAGGGGAGAUGCGUGCCGCUUUGUGGCAACAGUCGACUUGGGAUUUCUUGCUGCCUUAGCUCUUUGCCGGAGGUCAUGCAAAUCGACCUUAAAAGAAUGCAUAAGCCAUAAAUUAAAAUAAACCCUUAGCCAGAGGCUGAUCCAUAAGUAGACAAUACCUAACCUGGACAAAACGGCUUCCUUUGCGAGCUGAAAAAAAGAAUAGUGCCUAAACUAAAUGCAAAGUCAGUUUCAUGAAUUCAAAAGCAACUUACCAGUGAUUUCUGGGAGCUGGGGCUGAUUUUCUUGUGUAUUUAAGAAUGUCUUCCAAGCAGGCUACCUCUCCAUUUGCAUGUGCAGCUGAUGGAGAGGAAACAAUGACCCAGGACUUAGCAUCACGAGACAAAGAAGAGGGAAACAGUGAUCAGCAUGCAGCCUCUCAUCUGCCUCUACACAAUGUAAUGCACAACAAACCUCACUCUGAGGAGCUACCGACUCUGGUCACCACCAUCCAACAGGAUCCCGAGUGGGAUGGAGUAAUCUCAGCCCAACACAGAAUGGAGUCAGAGAGUAAUAAGUUAUGUUCCCUAUAUUCCUUCCGAAAUACCUCUACCUCACCAAACAAGCCCGACGAAGGAGGUCGUGACCGCAGCGAGCUAAUGACCAGUGUUAAUUUUGGAACGCCAGAGCGACGCAAGGGAAGCCUAGCAGAUGUGGUGGACACACUGAAACAGAAGAAACUAGAAGAAAUGACCAGGACUGAGCAAGAAGAUUCAUCCUGUAUGGAAAAGCUACUUUCUAAAGACUGGAAAGAGAAGAUGGAAAAAUUAAACACAAGUGAUCUCCUUGGAGAAAUUAAAGGUACACCAGAAAGCCUGGCAGAAAAAGAGCGACAGCUCUCUACUAUGAUCACCCAGCUGAUCAGCUUACGGGAGCAGCUCCUGGCUGCCCAUGAUGAGCAGAAAAAGCUGGCAGCCUCACAAAUCGAAAAACAACGGCAGCAAAUGGACCUUGCUCGCCAACAGCAAGAACAGAUUGCAAGACAACAGCAGCAACUUCUGCAGCAGCAGCACAAAAUCAAUCUACUGCAGCAGCAAAUUCAGCAGGUUCAGGGUCACAUGCCUCCGCUCAUGAUCCCAAUUUUUCCACACGACCAGCGGACACUGGCAGCGGCUGCUGCAGCCCAGCAGGGAUUCCUCUUCCCCCCAGGAAUAACUUACAAGCCAGGAAAGAUGGAUAAUAAAGCAACACCUUCCCCCUACUCUGGGUCUCAUGAAAGCCAGAUAUUCUUCUUUCCUCACAGUUCACAAAGCCUUGAUCCUGAAGGUGAUAACUACCCUGUGCAGUUCAUUCCAUCAACAAUGGCAGCUGCUGCUGCUUCUGGACUCAGCCCUUUACAGCUCCAGCAACUGUAUGCAGCUCAGCUGGCAAGCAUGCAAGUUUCUCCUGGAGCCAAAAUGCCAUCUACUCCACAGCCACCAAAUACAACAGGGGCACUUUCACCCACUGGGAUGAAAAAUGAGAAGAGAGGGACCAGCCCGGUAACUCAAGUUAAGGAUGAAGCAGCUCAGCCACUGAAUCUCUCAGCCCGACCCAAAACAGCUGAACCUGUCAAAUCCCCAACAUCUCCAACACAGAAUCUCUUCCCAGCCAGCAAAAGCAGUCCAGUGACGGUGUCGAACAAGAGCGGCAUCCCCAGCCCGCUCAGUGGGUCUCUGGGAAGAGGAUCCUCUUUAGAUAUCCUUUCCAGUCUUAAUUCACCUGCCCUAUUUGGGGACCAGGACACAGUUAUGAAAGCCAUUCAGGAGGCUCGAAAAAUGAGAGAGCAAAUCCAAAGGGAACAGCAGCAGCAACAGCAGCCUCAUGGCGUCGAUGGAAAAUUGCCCUCCAUGAAUAACAUGGGUCUAAACAACUGCAGGAAUGAAAAGGAAAGAACAAGGCUUGAAAAUUUAGGCCCACAGUUAACAGGGAAACCCAAUGAAGAUGGAAAAAUUGGCCCUGGUGUCAUCGAUCUUACAAGGCCAGAAGAUGCAGAAGGGAGUAAAGCAGUGAAUGGCUCUGCCGCUAAACUACAGCAGUAUUAUUGUUGGCCAACAGGAGGGGCCACGGUGGCUGAAGCCCGGGUCUACCGGGACUCGCGGGGCCGUGCCAGCAGUGAGCCCCACAUCAAGCGGCCGAUGAACGCCUUCAUGGUCUGGGCCAAGGAUGAGCGCCGGAAAAUCCUCCAGGCCUUCCCCGACAUGCACAACUCCAACAUCAGCAAAAUCCUAGGAUCUCGCUGGAAGUCCAUGUCAAAUCAAGAGAAACAACCUUAUUAUGAAGAGCAGGCACGACUAAGUAAAAUCCAUCUAGAAAAGUAUCCUAAUUACAAAUACAAGCCUCGACCAAAACGUACCUGCAUUGUGGAUGGGAAGAAACUGCGUAUUGGUGAAUAUAAGCAACUGAUGAGGUCUCGAAGACAGGAGAUGAGGCAGUUUUUUACCGUAGGACAACAGCCUCAGAUUCCAAUCACCACAGGAACAGGAGUUGUCUACCCUGGUGCUAUUACCAUGGCAACCACCACGCCAUCCCCUCAGAUGCCAUCGGAUUGCUCCAGCACCUCUGCCAGCCCUGAGCCCAGCAUCCCUGUCAUCCAGAGCACUUAUGGUAUGAAGACGGACAGCGGAAGCCUUCCUGGAAAUGAAAUGAUAAACGGAGAGGAUGAAAUAGAAAUGUACGAGGACUAUGAGGAUGAUCCCAAAUCAGACUAUAGUAGUGAAAACGAAGCCCAUGAGGCAGUCAGUGCCAACUGAGGAGUGUUCACAGAAUUAAAGUACUCAGACUUAUUUGGGGUUUUUUGGGGUUUUUUUGAACAAAAGUUCUUAAAGAGCCUGCAUGCAUGUGUGGCUCCUACAUUUACAUCAGCAGAAUGGUCUUAAAUGUUUCUUAUCGUGUGAGACAGAUUGUUUCCCUAAUUUUUCACGAACUUGGGUUUUUUUUUGUUUUGUUUUUGUUUUGUUUUUGAAUUUAGAUGAAGACAUAAAUAUCAGACAUCAGGACUUGAAAACUUAUAUGAAUCAAUAGCUGUCUUACAAGUCUUACCUUUUGUCUUUUUCUGUUUGGAUGCUGAUAAGGGUUUAAGUUACUGUUUUAGAUGGGGGUUAUACAUUCUCACUCAGGUAUGCUGUGCCAGCCUACAGGUUGUGAAUGUGUUUUUAUUCUGGAUUAUUUUAGAAAACAAAAACUGCAGAUUUCAUAUUGUGAAAUAGAACAAGUCCACAAGUGUGCACACCUGUGCAUCAUAGCUUGUCUUUAAAAGAAGUCUCUGAAUUCCAUUUUUUUUUCCAUAUGUAUAGCUGAACUUCUGAUGUGCCAAACUUUUCAUAACUUUUGAAUCUUAACAUUUAAACAAAAAGUCUUAAAGGAGACACUGUAAAGUCUUAGACAAUCCUUUGGCAUCUUUAAAAAAAAGUUAUAUAUAAAACCUAAUUUUUUUCCAUAAUAUGGUAAAGUACUCAGGAAUCUGGAGACAAGAUAUUCUUAAUUAGUGAACAUGGUUGCCAUAGUGCAUGUGCCCAAUUGCUUUUGCCUCUUGAUGUGCCAUUAGUGUGAAAUUUUAAGAAAGCACAAAAGAGCGAUCACCAGCUAUGGACUGGCCUGUCUUAGCAGUGUGAGGCCACCUCUGAUUACAUUCUCUACCCCUUUGCUUUUAACCCUUGCAUUCAGUCUUAACACAUUUUCUCUUAAAUAAUUUAUUCAUUCCAGAAUGUCAAGGGUCCAAAUACUUAAUAUUUAUUUUUAAAAGUACAGUUGGUGGCAUUACACUUACAAUUCCUUAUUGAUAUUUUAAAGCGCCUCUUUGUUCCCCUUCCCUAAAUCACACAAGUAUAUGAAAAUAAAAGUGCACCUGCUACUAAAAUGAACAUGACCUUUAUGAAUGAGAAAUUCACUUGUUCCUCUAGCACUGUAUGUUCAAGGAGCACUUGGAAACACUCUGCUAUAUGUAUUGCAAAAUAAAGUGAGUACUUUUAUAUGUACAUAGAGUACAAAUACCCCUAAAAAUGUGUUUAUAGUUUUAAACCUCUGCACUUAGCAAGGGCAGAUGUAAAAUCAAAACUGCAUUUACAGGCCACCUGUAUGCUGAAUUUUUAGGGCCUGAGGAAUCUGUGGCAAAUUAUGGCUCUGUACAUCAUGUUCCUAUUGCCACCUGAAGGAACUAUGGUACCUUAAGUAUUUAUGCAGUGAUUUAUUUGCGAGACUCCGAGUGGGGGAGGGAAGGCCAUUCAAAUAUCUAAUUGCAAAGGUGGAAAAAUGGGUAAUAACAAUAAAAAUAUUUAUUGUUUAUUAGUCACGUGGGAAUGUGACUUGUCAAGCGCUUUGGGAUGUUUGGACGUAAGGUGCUAUAGAAACCAAAAUUUCUGUUUGUAUUGCUUCUAGAAAUAAUGCAAUUAUUGGAGAAAAUUCUGGGAAAUAUGCAAGAGAGGCAUUCAAAGACUGUGAAUUAUUAGAUUUCAAAGAUGGAGGAGAAACUGCUUUUAUUUUUUCCCCUCAUACUCCACUGCUGCUCACAAAUAGAUCACUGUAUAUAUAUACAGUUCCAACAGGCCUGAGGAGUAACUGUGCUGAAACUCCUCAACUCCCUCAGCUUUUAUUUGGAAUUGGCUGUGUUCAGCCCACUGGUGAUAAGUUCAGACUUGGGCUGAGAGGUACCAGUGGGCCUAGAGCAGCUCCACUGGAAGUCUGGGAGCAUCUUCUCACAGAGCUGUGCAGGUUUUGCUUUGGACAAAAAAAGGAAUCUGUGUUAGCCAGCUGUCCCUGUGCAUUAUGUUCUGCAGAUGCUCCUGUGAACUGCAAUGGCACGAUGCUCUGUGGAGCAGCAGUUGCCUUCCUCACAGCCCCACUGAUACCUGUUCAGUCAGAAACAGCCAUUUUUGCAGCUGUAGGAAUUGUGUUUCUAUGUGAGAGAAUGACCCCCCCUAGACAAAGAGGAUUUUUCAAUUUACAGGACAAUUCAUAAAGAUAAUGGCAUAGAAACAAAAUGGUCAGAUUUCUCUGACCAUUUUGUAAUUUGGAACAAAAAAAGCUAUAUUUUUAAUAUUUAUUUAAUUGUGUUCUGAGUCCAUGUCUAAUAAGCAAUAAACUGGUCUAGCCAAGUCUUUAAAGGCAUAUGCUGUGUCAUUAGCUGGUGAGCGUCCUCUUUAGGCUAAGGUACUGAUAGAAAGUGUUUUGUUGUUCUUAAGAUAGCUUGGGAAUUUGAACUGGUUUUAACACAUUCAGCUCAGAUUGCGGGGAGGACAUCAUUAUUUCUUAAAAAAAAAAAAACAAACUAUUUAUUAAUGUCUUACAUAAUUCUCCAGUUAGAAGUAUCUCUCCCUCCCCCCAUGUCACUUUCUUUUUGUCUUGCUCUCUUUUUUUUGGUUUUGUUGCAUAGGUAGAAUGCUGUAUUGCUAGCAUUGUAUUUUAUGUAAUUAUUUUUUUGCACAAAAGCAAACAUUUAGAUUAGUUGGUUUUGUUUUUUUUUUCUUAAUUUUUAUGACCAUGCCAAAAUAAUAUUCUGCAGGCUUGUGGAGAACAAAGGACUGUUCUUUAGGACUGAAACUUGAUUUUGCUUGUAGUACAAAAAAAACACACACUCACAGAUGUUGUUUCGUAAGUGUUAUAAGCACUGGAUAUAAAUGGUAUUUUUUAUCACUUCUGACUAAUGUGAAACUGUUGUACGAAAACUACAUGAACAAAAGUCAUCUGUUUUGACUCGUGUGGGCCUGCCUCACAGUUGCCGGAUUUGAGUCAUUUUUAUGUCUUGUUAUUUCAUUUAUUUAUGCAAAAUACAUGUAUGUAUGAACACUUUGUUUUAGCUCCAGUCCUGCCUCAAUGCUGAUGCUCUGGAUGUUAAAGCCACAUUCUUGAAAAAUGACUGGCUGUUCAGGAAUCACAAGCUGGUAAAUAUUGCAUUUACUGGCUGUGGGAGUGUGAGGAACAUAUUUGAAUCUGAAUUGUGCCUAUGAGCAUGUUAUUCUAUUUAUUAGCCAACAUUGGCUCUAAAAUGUCAGUAGGAAUCAAGGAAGGACAAUCAUAAGGAUGAAACCCAAUAUUUUUACUUUAUUAAUUGGAGCUCAAAACAAAGUUUUUGAUGAAUUUACCAUCUCAUUUUAGAUUUUUUUAAAAUUGUGUAAAUAUAACAUAGGAAAUAGAAUUUUAUUUUUUGUUCAUGGAUACUUAGUGAAGUAUAAGUUAUGUAUUUACUUUUGUUCUAUAUCAGUGUAUGUUGGUCCAUAUUAAAUGCUGACAAGUCACUGUACCUCAUGUAGAUGCUGAAUUUACACCCGCAGUGUGAGCGCAGUAUUGUGGACCUGUAGCUGGGACAGCAAGAUGCCUCACUUGUGCUCUGAUUUUUAAUAGCAUAUUCCACAAACAGGGAAUACAUUCUUCUAUUUUAGAAAGUUGAUACAUGAAACAUGCCAAAUUUUGGCUACAUUUGAUGGGAAACACAGUCUUCUGAAUCCAAGUAAAACCAAUGAGAUAUUUUACUUAACCAGAAUGGCAUUUGGAAGUAAAAAGCAUAUCCCUGAAAGAUUAAAAUGACUGAAAUGGCCCUUGCAAAGCAGGCAAGACUAAGUAAUAUCAAACCUUUAUGUUGUACAUUCAUUUAAUCAUGUUAUUGUUAUAUUAGGCUAUAAUACCAGAGAAAUUGUUCACACAAUAUACAAAGAAGAUUUAUACAAUUGCUUCUUAAGCUUUGUGUUUGAGGCCCCUUAGAAACUGACUGGAAAAAUAGCUCCAUUCAGGAGCACUAAUAUAGUAAUACUAUUUUCUCUGUGAACAGUUUAUUUAAUUAACAGAUGCAAUAUAUUUUCUUUUGGAGAAUUAUUGAAUACUCAUAUUCAAGAGAAGAAAACUCCUCCAAACAGUCUGAUUACAGACAGAAUAGUUCACUUCUUAUUUUAUAAAAAUGGAAGAUAAAGGUCUCAAUGGAAACCAUGCUGCUUUGCAGGGUUUACAUGCAGAAACAAGUCUGCAGAAUUGGCCAAAUUCUGGUCUGCCUGUAUGUUUGGGCAUUGCCAUUUAGCUUGUGAAACCACAGGAUCCUGAAGUGCUCCCAAAUCAGCAUACUUCAGGUGCAGAGUGAGGCAGGGGGAGGGAAAAGAUGGGAUGGCUCUGGGAUGGACAUGCAAACCCAACAGCAGCAUUAGUCCCAAUAAAUACAUGACCCUGCGCAAAGGGCACAGCAGCCAGCUGUGGGCAGCUCCUGCUUUGGAUAAACACAACACAGCCCUGUCCCUGUGCCGUCUAAUCUCUGGGCUGGCUUUCUGGAUUUUGUUUUUCAGCCACAUCAAAGGCAUGGCAUUUCAAAAUCACCUCCCAGUGGAACAUUCUACAAGAUUUAGACCCUUACCUACCUGCUUAAUACGAAGCAGAUUAGUACUUCCACGGUGGUCAUGAGGACCAGUGCAGUGUUGGUGUUAAGUGGGGUGAACUUUGCUGAGCCAGGGCCACAGUAAGAAAAACUGCACUGGAGAUGCAGCCAGCAAGAUGUAUGAUAGAGUUCUUCAUGUUUUUAUGAGAACUUAAUAAAUGGGCUUGGGCCCCUUGGUAUUUUGCAUGCUUUUAUAAGACUCAACUUGGCACUUAAGCAUGUUCUUUUAAAAGAAUAAUACUAUAUGACCUCAUUUGAUCUUUUACAAAACACCUUUUCUUUUAAAAAAACUAAGCUUUUUUUUUUCUUUUUGGUAAAUCCCAUUAAAAUCUGUGAUUUUUCUCAGAUGAAGCUACAUUUUUGAUGUGUAGCAAUGCCCUGCUACAGAAGGAAAAAAACAAUGUAUAUACAAAACCAUUUCAUUUUAAUCUGAUGCCCUUUUUUAACUACCAGAAUUGUUGGAAAUGGUGACAAAGAAGUAUUCUGAGAUUUCACAUGCUGGGUAAAAAGGGGUAGGGUGGGGUAAACUGGGUUAAAGGAAAACUUAUCAAAUUGGUAUUUAUGGCAAUAUGAAAGCUAUAAAGCAACUUAGUGACAUGGCUUGCUUUGUAAUUUCCGCUUUCUAAAAACCACAAGUGAGGUCCUUGGUGCUCUUGGAGUAUGGGGAAUGUGCAAAUAUUUAACUGUUCGUAUGCUGCACAUUGCAGACCUGCUAAUGUGCAUUCUCCGUUUGUCUUCCUUUGUCAUUUGUGUUUUGCUUUCCAGAAAGCAAUGUUGUUUGUUUUUUUUCUUGUACCCUUCUUCAGCUGGUAGCAAACUAGAAUGCUUAGCAUUUAUGUUCAUUCAUUAUUGUAUUUCACAUGUAAAAUUUUUUUUAUUACAUUAAGACAAGCUUAUAAGCUGUUACUACAUAACUUAUCUUACUGUAACUCUUAUUUCCUGACAUUGUAAUUUGUUUGUGAUGUAUAUUGUGAGAUUGUACUCUAUGUUAAUUUAAUCGGCACAAUUCACUGACAUGCUGGACUGACAUGCCUAGCUGCUGUUUCAAAUUGUAAAGUUUGUGUAGAGCUGUUGGGACAACUGAGACUCUCUUGUCAAGGUACUAUGCUUUGAUUCCUAUAGCAACACCGUGGGUACAGCUCUUACUGACGAGGGCUGCUUGUUAAACAGCCACUGGCUUCUUAAUGGGCAGGUUUUCUUUGUAGAAAUUCUAUAUACAGUGCAGGUACCUACCUGGGCCCAUGGCCGGUAAUUAUUUGGGCGUUUAGAGGAAAAACUAGUGUCUAUUGCUGCUUUGAAUAUGUUUUAAAGUCUGAAAAUGUAAAUAGUUUAUCAAAAAAAAAAAUCUUGUACAGUCCAGUGUAAAGUUUUUAAAUGAACUUAAAGGUUGCCAUCACAUCUCACACUCUCCUCUUGAUACAGUAAAAAGAAAAAAAAAGAAAGAAAAAGUUUGCUAAGGAUAUUGAUUUAAGAAAAAAAAUCUGUUCUCAGAUUAAAAAAGAGAAUAGUUAUUCUUAGCUCUGCUUCAUUGCAUAAACAGAUUUCUUGGAUUUUGUUGUGCAGUAUUGACGUGAGGUAAAUUAAAUAUUAAAUAAUCUUUCAGUGGUACUUUUAAGAGUCUUCUCCUCCUCUGCCUCAGUUAUUGAUGGAAAAGACAAAAUUGAAAGACACUGUCCAUAUACAGUAUGUUCUGGUGUACGUUGGCACCUUACCUACAUGUUUUGGGUGGGAGGGUUUUUUAAAUUUUCUUUUUCUUUUUUUUUUUUUUUUUCUUUGCACAAGGUGCUUUCCUGAUAUGUUAAACAUGUCAUCUUUGGGUGAUACAGUAUAUGCCAUGAUAGGGGUUUAGACCCCUCAGGGGAGUGUCUAUAAGACUGCCUAUUUAUGCUCAUUUACCUCAAGACUGUCCUCUCUACCCUUAAUCUAUUCACCAUCACUCCAUCUUUUGUACUGCUGUUGACACUUACAAAUUAAAGAUAAAUUUUGUUUUA